UUCCCCUCCCCCCACCACCACCCCUCCCCCUAUCGAAAUUUGUGGAGCGCAGCGUGGAGCAGAGAGAGAGAGAGAGGGAGAGAUAUAAAUAUAUAUAAAUAUAUUACGAGAUAAACUCCCCGUCCUUACACCAGCCGAGAGGAAAGCGGCCGCCGAGCGGAGGGGAUCAUGUCCGAGUUCGACGAGUUCGAGAAGCAGCUUCACGAGAACCGGCAGGAACGCGACAAGGAGAACCGUCACAAGAAGAAAAGCCGCAGCCGCUCCCGCAGCCGGGACCGCAAGAGGCGGAGUCGGAGCCGGGAACGGGCGAACCGGGAACGUCGGAGUGUUUCCAGGGAACGACGGCGACGCAGCCGCUCUCCCAGACGGAUUCAGAAGAAAAAACCAUACAAAUACUGGGAUGUCCCACCUCCCGGCUUCGAGCACAUCACCCCUAUGCAGUAUAAAGCGAUGCAAGCGGCAGGUCAAAUUCCAGCCACUGCACUACUGCCCACAGUGACCCCUGAUGGCCUGGCAGUCACCCCAACACAGGUCCCAGUGGUUGGCAGUCAGAUGACCAGACAAGCACGGAGACUGUAUGUCGGAAACAUUCCCUUCGGUGUGACUGAGGAAGCCAUGGCGGAUUUCUUCAACGCCCAGAUGCGCUUGGCGGCGCUGUCCCAAGCGGCCGGGAACCCUGUGCUGGCUGUGCAGAUCAACCAGGACAAGAACUUCGCUUUCCUCGAGUUCCGCUCAGUCGACGAGACGACACAGGCCAUGGCUUUUGACGGCAUCAUCUUCCAGGGGCAGUCGCUGAAGAUCCGGCGCCCACACGACUACCAGCCCCUCCCCGGCAUGUCCGAGAACCCCUCCGUAUACGUCCCAGGUGUCGUCUCCACCGUUGUCCCAGAUUCCCCCCACAAGCUGUUCAUUGGUGGACUGCCGAACUACCUUAACGAUGAUCAGGUUAAGGAGCUCCUGACGUCCUUCGGGCCCCUGAAAGCCUUCAACCUUGUGAAAGACAGCGCGACCGGGCUCUCCAAGGGUUACGCGUUCUGUGAAUACGUUGACAUCAAUGUCACCGAUCAGGCCAUCGCGGGACUGAACGGCAUGCAACUGGGAGACAAGAAGCUCAUAGUCCAACGGGCCAGCGUGGGGGCUAAGAACGCAACUCCGAACACGAUAAACCAGACUCCCGUGACGCUGCAGGUCCCAGGCUUGGUCUCGACACAAGUGCAGAUGGCCGGAAUGCCGACUGAGAUCCUGUGCCUGAUGAACAUGAUCACCCCGGACGAGCUGGUGGACGACGAGGAGUACGAGGAGAUUGUGGAGGAUGUGCGCGAGGAGUGCAGCAAGUACGGCAUGGUGAAGUCCAUCGAAAUCCCUCGGCCCAUCGACGGUCUCGAGGUGCCCGGCUGUGGCAAGAUCUUCGUGGAGUUCGUCUCGAUCCUCGACUGCCAGAAAGCCAUGCAGGGUCUUGCCGGGCGCAAGUUUGCCAACAGGGUGGUGGUCACCAAGUAUUGCGAACCGGACUCAUACCAUCGUCGCGACUUUUGGUAGAAUCAACCUUCUCCCCCCCCCACCCCCUGCCCUUCAGCUCCCCAACACCCCCAGCCCCCCCC